AUGGCACGGGAAUACGCAGACAAUAGCGCUCUCCCUAGCGGAUGGCGCACUCGCCAGCCGGGGAUGGCGAUCUGGAUCUUAGUUGGUCUCCUCCGCGGCGUCCUUCAAGCCAUAUUCUAUAGCAUCUGGUAUAUCCCUCGCUCCUCGCGUCAAAACCCAACAUGGACCUACCGGCAAGCCUUCAUGUCCCGGGUCUUCGAGUGCGCAUUCGUUGUCAUCACCGAUAUCGGCUUCGCGCAGUCCCUGACCCUCUCUCCAGGGAAGCUCGGUGACCGAUGGGUUCUCAUCGACCCUGGCCCGGCUGAAGCCUAUCAUCCGGAUUUCUCGAGCAAGAGUAUCAAACCUGCGCGGAUCGGCGGGACGUGGUAUCCAGCGCUCCCAGAGAAAGCGUCGCUGGUCGGCGAUGAAGGACUUAUCGUACUCGCUUUCCACUCUGGGUCUCUCCUCUGGCUUACCGGGCGUCCCGACGACUCUGGGCCCAUCGCAAAGAUGCUAAACAGAAAGCUCGGGAAUAACACAUUCUCCUUCUGGGUGCAAUAUCGCCUCGGUGGCGGCAAUGAUCCGACGCCAUAUCCGGGAGCGAUGCAAGACGCGGUCACAGCCUACUUCUAUCUCGUCAAGAAGCUGGGAAUCUCGCCCUCCCGCAUUGUGUUAGCAGGGGACUCGACCGGGUCAACCAUUGCGGUUGGACUAUUGCGAUAUCUUGCUUCGAUUGAUACGGCGGAUCACGCACUCGCCGGACUCGCAACCCCGAAAGCAUGUCUGCUAUUUUCUCCCUCCGUCGAGUACUCUUUUGAGGGAGAUGCCGAGGCUAUAGACUCCCACCGGAACAUUAAGACCGAUUAUGUCGACGGCAAGAUGCUGGCUUGGGGAGCAAGAGCCCUUGCCCCGCCCGACAGCGUGCGCCUCGACGACCCUUACCUCUCACCGGCGCUGCAUCCGUUCGCUACCCCCGUGCCCAUCUUUGCCCAGGCAGGUGGCGCCGAGGUUCUUUGCGAUACCGUGCGAGGAUUCGCAGACAGGAUGAGUGGAAUCCCUACGAAUAAAAUCGAAUAUCUGGAAGUGCCUGGAGUCCCUCAUGAUAUAUAUGCUACUGGCGCUAUACUGGGCUGGCCAAAGGAGCAGGCGGAGAUCCAUGAAGCUGCGGCGAAGUUUGUACAUGACUUGGGAGCCGUUUGA